AGAGCUACAAUUAGUGCGACUGUCGGUUGUCAAACACCGCUAGUGUAUACGGCGAUUGAAUCUCUUUCACCUGCCACGGUUGAAAUCCAAACGUAAAUGGUAAUCAGUAAUGCCGCACCAAAAGCGCCAUACACCUCCAAAGGCGCCAAAUAAAACAGAUCCACCAUUUGUACUGGGACGUGCAGCUUGGUGGGUGCCGACAGUCGCGGUUCAACGACGAGAUGGCAAGCGGAAAAUCUCAUUUGCCGAGGCAUUCAGGGACUUCCUGCAGAAUGUGUCAUUUCAUUGUUAUGGAAAAUUAGUGGAGCCGCAUCGGCGUUUCCAUGAACGUUUCUUUUGGAUUAUUUUCCACAUCACAAUGAUGAGCGUACUGAUUAUUUUUCUAUCGGGUACGUCCAUCUUCGAGGGACAAUUUUUAAGUACAACCAUAUAUGAUCCAUUGUUUCCCAUACAUAAGGUGCCCUUCCCCACAUUAUCGAUAUGCACGCUGAAUCGCAUGUCGAAUUAUUCAGUCACUAGAUAUGCAGAGAAGCUACAGCGGAAAGAUCCAUACAAACGUGGAGUUGACUAUUUUUACAAUGAAAUCAGAAAAUUAAGUUAUCCGUAUUCUAAAAAAACUGAAAAUGAUGAUAAUUUUGAAGAUUUCUUAGAAUUUCAAAACUUUUUGGAUAUAUACGAUACCAAAGAUACUGAGGUGUUUUAUAACACCAGAGAUCGCAUGAAGGAGUUAAGUCCUAGUUGCAAGGAUAUAUUGGUGCGUUGCCGUUUGGCCGGAGAGGACUUUGAAUGCUUGACGAAAUUUACGGAAACCUUAACAGCGAAUGGUUUCUGCUGUACUUUCAAUGAAGAUGGCUUAUAUUCAAAGCCGCGAGAUGAAAGUUUCAGCUUUUACAAGGAGCUAAAUGGCUUGGUUUUAUUACUAAACUCUUCAAAUAAUGAUGAGUUUUUCAAACAAUCGCUUUCAGCAGGCUUCGCAUUUUAUAUCCAUCCCUAUGGCUAUUACGCAGACGUUUCGAGCGGUUCGGUAAAGGAACGCUUCGUGGAAAGUGGCAUGCAUACGUAUAUGUCAAUUAAGCCUGGUAGCAUGCAAACUGUCAACGAAGCUCGCAUACUGUCGCCAUCAGUGCGCAAAUGCUACUUUGACGACGAGCAAUCUCGCAUAUUUGGUAAACAAUACAGCUCGAAUAACUGUAUAACACGUUGUCGUAUGCAUAGCAUGUUGGUGCUGUGCAAUUGUUUGCUUUUCAUGUAUCCGGAAGACUUGCUAGACGUGUCUACAGAUUUUGUCUAUUGUACGCUUAGGCAUAAAGCCUGCUUGGAACGUUAUUAUUUCAAAUGGUCUAACGUUAUUACUGAGCGCGCAAAUAUUCCUGGACUAGAACGCGAAAUGGAGGACUCUUUAUACUGUCCGCAAUGCCUGCCGUUGUGCUCUUCGGCGCGUUAUGAUGUUUAUGCCAAUGCAUUGCCUUUGACUUUAUAUAAUAUGCACACUUUUCCCGAAAUAGCCGAGGAGAAUAUAUCGAGUCUUGCUUUGACACAUGUUUACUUCGGUGUCUCGCAUAUACAAAUUUUUCGACGUGUACUUAAAGAUACUUGGUUUGAAGUUCUCAGCUUCAUCGGCAACAUAGUGAGUAUUAUAACGGGCUUCUCACUGAUAGGCAUUUGUGAGGUGCUAUACUUUAUCGCUCGUCAACUGUUUUUGGCUCUGAAAAGUGAAAUGGCAUCUGAUCGCAAAGUUAAAAAGAAGAAAGAGAAAACAGCUUUGUUAAUUCUACCAUGA